CAGGAAAAACUCUCGCGCAUCGUGGCGCAGGGUGAUGAGGAGAAGGAGCGACACCUCAAGGACAAGGACAAAGUCAUGGGGGAGCGCGACGCUCUUGGCUCCCAACUCAUCCGCCGUAACGACGAGCUGGCCCUCGUGUAUGAAAAGCUACGCUUGCAGCAGACAGCCCUGACCAAGGGCGAGGCGCAAUACCGCGAGCGACAAGAAGACAUCAAGCUGCUCAAGCUGGAGAUUAAGCGCCUGAAGCGCGAGCGGUCGCUCCUUGACAAGGGCACCAGCAACAUUGAUGAGCUGCGGCAGGAACUGUUUCACGUACAGCGAGAGCUUCUGCGCGAGCGAACGCGCUGUAAGGCUUUGGAAGAAGAGGUGCAAACACCCCUCAACGUGCACCGCUGGCGCCGUCUUGAGGGCAGUGAUCCGGAGACGUACGACAUGAUUCAGCGCAUUCAGACACUGCAGAAGCGGCUGAUUGCCAAAACAGAGGAGGCCAGCGAAAAGGAUCUGAAAGUCCAGGAGCUGGAAAAGCAGUAUCUCGAGUCCAAGGCGCUGCUGGCACGGCAACCGGGACCAGAGAUUGCCGAGCAGCUCCAAAUUUAUCAAUCGGCUGUCAAGGAAAAGAACAAACAACUCAAGGCCAUGGCCUCGGAAAUCAACAUGUAUCAGACGCAGGUGAACGAGCACAAGUACGACAUUGAGCGCCUUCAGAAGGAGCUACAGGACGUCAAGAAGCGGUAC